AUGGUUGAGCAUGACCGCUAUGAGCACCCACUGGUGAGCCGUUACGCCACCAAGGAGAUGAGCGAGAUUUGGUCGCCCGACCGCAAGUUCUCAAUUUGGCGCCAACUGUGGCUGGCACUGGCAUCGUCCGAGAAGGAGCUGGGUCUUGCGAUUACACAAGAGCAAUUGGACGCCAUGGCCGCCCAUCUUACGGACAUUGACUACGAGUAUGCGGCCGAGAUGGAAAAUAAAUUCCGCCACGAUGUCAUGGCUCACGUGCAUGCGUUCGGAAAGGAAGCUCCUGUUGCUAUGCCUAUCAUCCACCUGGGCGCAACUAGCUGUUACGUGGGUGACAACGCCGACAUUAUUCAGAUCAAACAAGGUCUCCAGCUUAUUCAGCGCAAAAUGGUCAAGGCGAUGAAGGUGCUUGCUGACUUUUCUCUUGAGUACAAGAAUAUGCCCACGAUGGGCUUCACGCAUUUCCAACCGGCGCAGCUUGUGACCGUUGGUAAAAGGGCCUCGCUCUGGCUGCAAGAUUUUUGGCUCGACUUUCAGCAUCUCAAUGAGCAAAUCGACAGUCUGCCCAUGCGGGGUGUCAAAGGCACAACUGGGACACAAGCCAGCUUUCUUGACUUGUUUGAAGGUGACCAUGAAAAGGUCAAGAAGUUAAACGAGUUGGUGGCCAAAAAAUUAGGCUUUAAUAAGGUCAUUCCCGUGUCUGGCCAGACUUAUACUCGUAAAAUUGACUACUUUGUGCUAUCGAUUUUAUCGGGUAUCGCUCAGUCGGCCUAUAAGAUGGCCGGAGAUAUACGCCUUCUUGCCAAUAUGAAGGAAAUUGAAGAGCCGUUUGAGAAGAAUCAAAUCGGAUCUUCAGCUAUGGCUUACAAGCGCAACCCCAUGCGCUCGGAACGUAUUUGCAGUCUAGCGCGCUACGUGAUUUCCCUGACGAACAACGGUGCACAGACCCACGCUGCUCAGUGGUUCGAGCGUACGCUCGAUGAUUCAGCUAAUCGCCGAAUGGUGCUGCCAGAGGCUUUUCUCGCUACGGACGUCAUUCUUAACUUGGUAAUCAAUGUGUCGGACGGUUUGCAAGUGUGGCCAAAUGUGAUAAAGGCGCAUAUUAAAGCCGAGUUGCCGUUCAUGGCUACAGAGAACAUCUUGAUGGCUUGCGUCAAGGCUGGUGGUGACCGUCAAGAGCUGCAUGAGGCCAUCCGCAUGCACUCAAUGGAGGCAGGUAAGCGUGUUAAAGUGGAAGGCGCUACCAAUGAUUUAUUGGACCGCAUCGCUGCCGAUCCGCUCUUUCAGGCCGUGCAUGGCCACAUGGACGUGCUAUUGGACUCAUCGCGUUUCAUCGGCCGCUGCCCGCAGCAAGUGGAGGAAUUCAUCAGCGAUGAGAUUGCACCAAUUUUAAAAAAACAUGCUGAGUUGCUCGAGGUAGAAAACGUCGACAAUAUUAACGUAUAA